AUGGCCCGUAUGAAGGGGGUGUUCUCAUGGGAGGAUGUGCUGCUCCAGCGGUAUCAGAGCAACAAACCCCCUCCACUCCCCCGCCGCCAAACAAUAGCAUUCUCCUCACCCCAAUUCCAAAGCAGACUCCUCAGCCGGCUAUCACCGGAGCUUCGGCUAAUGAUCUGGGGAUUUGUGCUAGCAGGCCAAAGAAUCCAUAUAAUCCAAUGCAACAAGCAACGACUCGGGCACGUGGCAUGUCCAUGUGCGCUCGAGCCAAAACCAACAAAAACGACGUUUUCGCCAUCGAAGCGCCACACACGCCGGAACAGCAACUUAUUCUGUGAGAUCUGCCAUGGCACGGGCAUCUCCCAGCCGGCGAAAGAGCCCGAUCUCGUGCGCUGGAAUAAGGUCAAUUUACUGGGUCUGGCAUUGACUUGUCGGCAGAUAUACCACGAAUCCAUCCCUCUCCUCUACACCCUCCCAACUCUAGAAUUCAGUAACCCCUGGACCCUCCCGUACCUCCUCCCAACGAUCCGACCCGAACACCGGGACCGCAUACGCGCCAUCGAGCUACGCUGGUCCUUCCCGGGCCAUUGGCUGCCGAGCAAAGACUCCGUGCGCGCGGUGUACGUGUCCGCAGGACGGAUGCAGUGGAUAGAGACAUGUCGGGCGGUGUCGCAGCUGGGAUCACUGCGGUCGUUUGUGCUCGUGUUGGAGAGCAAUUGGUUCAGUGAGCCUGUUGAGAAAUUGGCGGGGUUUUUGGAGCCUUUGAGCAGGGUUGUUGUUCGGUCUGCUUCGAGACGGGGUUGGGAUUGGGAUUGUAGUGGGGGGGAUUAUGGGGAUGCGGAUGGGGAUGGGGAUGAGGAUCUUGAUGGGGUUGGGAUGAGGGAUGGGGUUCGGUUGAGGGCGAGGGAUGUUGGGCUCGAUGGAUUUAGUUCGGAUGAAGACUCUUGUAAGAGUUUGAGGUCUGAUUCUUCGUUUUCUUCUGGGGCUUGCGAAACUGCUACAGCUACGCCUGGGUCGAGGGGUAGCUGGGAGCUGAGGCUUCAAGGCCAAUCUUACUAUUUGCAUGAACUGGAUCGCAUAGGGGUGGAUCUUCGGCGGAGGGGCAUAGACUGCUGGAUAUCAGCGGUGUAA